AUGCUCAAGAAAAAGGUUUUUGAGGAUAGCGAAGAUGAAGAUGACACACAAGCUAAUCCAACGAAAAAGGAAGUUGAAUCAGGUGACAACAAAAAUUCUAUUGAUACUUUAAAAAUUGAUUUUAAGGUUGAUAUCCCUAUAUAUAAAGGAGAUGUUGAUCCUGAAAAGCUAGAUAACUGGAUAGAUACAUUAGAAACUUAUUUCACACUUUAUAAGUAUUCUAAUGUGCAAAAGAUUAAAUUUGCGAGUUUGAAACUUUCAAGCCAUGCCCUUACAUGGUGGAAGUCUUAUCAGAGACGGUAUGAUGUCUCAAAAUUGACUUGGAAGAACUUUAAGAUGCUUUUAAGAAAACAAUUCUAUCCAGUUGGCUAUGAAGAUGAAAGAUGGUAUAAGUGGCAACAUUUCAGACAAAGAUUUAGGCAGCCCGUACAAGAGUAUACAACAGAGUUCCACAACCAAGCUAUGGUUAUGGACAUCGACGUCGAUGACUACAAUGUUUUCAUGAAGUAUAUUGGAGGUUUUGCCGACUACAUAAGGAAAGAACUAAAAUUGUUCACCAUAGAUACUAUUGAAGAAGCUACUGUGAAGGCCAUUGCCAUUGAGGCGAAAAAUAAAAGAACUGACAAGAAGGAUGACAAAUUAAAACUUGUCAACAAAACUGACUGGCAGAAAAAAGGGAAGCAGAGCAAGGAAGGUCAAACACAGAAGGUCUACUGUGAUCACUGUCAAACCAGCAGACAUGCCAAAGACAAGUGUUGGAUACUCCAUCCUGAGUUGUGGCCAAAGCGAGAGAAAAACAACCAAGGGAGAAAUGACAGAAAAACCACCUUAACUGCACAAUAA